AUGUCCACCUCCACCUCACGAGAUAUCCCAAAUCCCCUCAGGCCGUACUACAGACCUCCAUCCAUCGGCAUUCCACAGGAUAUUGAUGCUCCCGGGAAUAUGGCGGCGACGAUGAGCAGCUCGGGCUUGCAUGGAUCAUCUUCAAAGAAUGGCAGCGCGGCGUCAUACGCGUCGUCUGCGCGUGACAUGUUCGAUUACAGCGAUUACCUGUCCGACUCUUCACCGUCAUCGGUAGAGGCAAUGAAGAAGACGUUGGACGACUGGGUCUACAAAUAUUUCAGCAUCUUGUUGGCACAGCCAUUUGAUGUUGCAAAAACCGUCUUGCAAGUCCGGAGUCAGGAUGCCGCCGAGGGAGCAACCCCAGCAGCAACAGAGGUGCGGCCUUCGGGGUAUAGGGAUUCGAUGAUGGAAUGGCUUCUAAUAGCUAUGCAGUACCCUUCGGACGAAUCCGAUCCAGACGAGCCUGCAUACUUUACCUCUUCCGCCCCAUCCUCCCAAUGGCACUCCCCCUCAAAAUCACAAAGACGGCAUGCGAGUGAACGGGACUACGAAAAAGACUACUCUCCUCCAGUUUCACCAAAAGGAAUCUCCAUACCUCCGCACCAGCUCUCGCUAAAGAGAGUAGACUCGGUCAUGGAAGUGAUAUCCCAACUAUGGAAUAAGGAGGGGGCCUGGGGCGUGUGGAAGGCGACGAAUGCGACCUUUGUGUAUAGUUUUUUACUGCAGACUAUAGAACAGUGGUCCCGAGGCCUAUACUCAGCAGCUUUCAACGUACCAGAGGCUGCAGUAACAACGGGAAUAAAUCUCUCGACGGAGCUGCUUGAUACUCCAUACCCCUGGGCCUCACUCGCUGUAGCAGUAGCCGCAGCAGUCAGCGCUGGGCUAAUUCUAGCCCCUCUAGAUCUCAUCCGAACCAAACUCAUGCUUACACCCCUCUCCUCCACAAAGCGGUCGCUCACACACAACCUCCGAAAUCUACCAUCAUAUCUCUGUCCUGCCCCCUUGAUGGCUCCUACGAUUCUCCACAGUCUCAUCACACCAACUAUCCACCAUUCCACACCUCUUCUACUACGUUCUUACCUGGGUAUUGACCCUGUCCUGACGCCCACCACUUAUGGCAUUUCCAAAUGUCUGUUCCAAACCACCGAGCUAUUCCUCAAACUCCCCUUCGAAACAGUUCUACGCCGAAGCCAAAUGGCCGUUUUGGCUACGCCGCCUUACCGAUCGGAAGAUGGCAAGAGGUUGGAGACCAUUGUAGAUAUAGGACCAUACCACGGCGUUUUGGGAACAAUGUGGUCAAUCGCCCGAGAAGAAGGCAGAUCUUCUAGUGUAGUAAGUGUGAAGAAGGGGAAAAAGGCUGAAACAAAGGGCCAAGGCGUUGACGGGCUGUGGAGAGGUUGGAGAGUAGGCAUGUGGGGAUUAGCUGGGAUGUGGGGCGCGAGGGCUUUAGGAGGCUCGGGUGCGAAUGGUGGAGAGUUCUGA